GAAGCAACAAAGUUUCAGAUGACAGAGUUGCAUCUCAGUAUGUGUCUCACUUAACUUACUCCUAUUUUUGUGGUACUUGCCAUGUUAAACUGACACAAGUCUUAAUUCUGAUCAUUGUAGUUAUUUUCUUUCUGUACUUGGCUUUCACCUGGAAGAUUAUCUGUCAGAAGGAAGAUGUUACUGAACUACUUACCACAUUCUUUCAUCUGGUGUACGUGACUUAGGAAUUCUUAUUUGUGAUUACGUUUUGCAAAUUAUAUGUAACUGCUGCGUUCAAAGUUCAGGCCUACAACACUAAAGAUUUAUUUAUUUUUUUGCUCAUUACUGCACAUGGAAGUAGACUUCAAGCCACUUAAUAAUGUGGUAAUUUCAUCUGGUAAUGCUUUCUUGGCUUACCUGUCACUUGUUCAUUUCAUUCUUUUGCCUUCACAAGUUUUAAAAUGCUGCCAUUUGGCUCUGAGUCACGGAUUCAAGGAUCUGUUCUGGACCAGGACUCAUAUGGACUUAGGUCACUCCAGGCGAAGGAGACUGGAGAGCUGAUUACUUCAGUACCACACAGUCCAACAAUUCUGCCUAGGAUAACAUUAACACUUCAAGCUGGUCUUUCCCGAGAAAUUUUUUCAAUCUCUUCAGCAGAAACCAACACUUCCACAGUGAAGAAACUCGCUUUGGAAAUGAUUCAAAAAAAGUUCUUGGAGUUUGGAUUCUUUGGAAUUAGGGAUAAGAUUCUUCUCUUUCGACAUGAUCUUACUUCAGACAACAUCCUUGUUCGCCUGACUCCGAAUGACAACGUUAAGGAUGGAGACCUCAUUGAAGUGGUUUUAUCAGCUUCUGCAUCCACGGAGGUUUACGUUCGGCCACAUGUGUUGUAUGUCCAUUCAUACAAAUCACCUGCAUUCUGCCACUACUGUGGAGAAAUGUUGUGGGGCUUGGUACGUCAAGGAUUAAGAUGCAAAGGUUGCAAGCUAGAUUACCACAAACGCUGUGCCUUCAAGAUCCCCAAUAACUGCAGUGGUGUAAAACAUGGCCACCUUUCAAGUCGUUCACUUAUGGGAACUAGUACCUUUCCAAGAGAGUCAUUUCCUCAGGCAGGAGGAAGUCUGGAAGAGAUUAACAGUGCCAAAUCAGAACGUCGAUCUUGGUUUCCUCCUAUGAGAGAAAAUUCAGGAGACUGGAGUGAGGCCAAUCGAGUAAAGGUUCCGCACACUUUCCAAAUUCACUCUUACACUACCCCGACUAUAUGUCUCUGUUGCAAAAAACUUCUAAGGGGGCUGUUUCGGCAAGGCAUGCAGUGUAAAGACUGCAAAUUUAACAGCCACAGACGUUGUGUUCCUUUGGUUCCAGAUGACUGCCAAGGAGACAAAAUCUCUGUCAACGGGGAAGAAACUGAUACAGAAACUGUUGAGGAUAAACCUGAAGAUGAAGACAAUGAUACAGGUUAUGAACCUUCCCUGGAAGAUUCUGAUGGACUGUCCAUCCCAGAAGCAGAGUACAGAUCUGAGACGCAAGAGAGUGAACCACUUCCAAUCAGUAACAACAUCCCACUGAUGCGAGUGGUUCAGUCAGUGAGACAAACCAAGAGGAAGAACAGCACUGUAGUAAGGGAAGGCUGGAUGUUUCACUUCAGCAGCAGAGACACAAUGAGAAAACGUCAUUAUUGGAGGUUGGACAGCAAAUCUAUAACUCUUUUCCAUAAUGAAACAGGAGCUAAAUUUUACAAGGAAAUUCCACUCUCUGAAGUUCUUGAAGUUAAGUCCGUGACAGGUAACACAAAAUUCCAAGAUGAAACUAGGCCACACUGUUUUGAGAUUAUUACAGACAGCAUGGUAUACUUUGUGGGAGAAAGAGGCCACAACUCAGAGUAUAAUUUGACUGGAUCUGAAGCAGAUGUAAUACAGGCUUGGGAGAGAGCAAUUCGUCAGGCUCUUAUGCCAGUCACGCCACAGUCCAGUGUUACGACCUUACCAGCUCAAAAUUUAGACGAACGUACCAGUUUACAAUCACAGGCAAACGUGGACAUCAGCCACUUGUAUCAAAUAUUUCCAGAUGACAUACUGGGUUCAGGACAGUUUGGUACUGUUUAUGGAGGAAAACACAGAAAGUCAGGCCGAGAUGUAGCAAUCAAAGUUAUUGACAAGCUGCGUUUUCCCACAACUCAAGAAAGUCAGCUACGGAAUGAGGUUGCUAUAUUACAGAAUUUACGUCAUCCUGGUGUGGUCAAUUUAGAAGCAAUGUUUGAGACUCCAGAAAGAGUUUUUGUUGUCAUGGAAAAACUUCAUGGAGACAUGUUAGAAAUGAUCUUAUCCAGUGAAAGAGGCAGACUGCCAGAACGUACAACGAAGUUUCUUACCACUCAGAUUUUGGAAGCACUUCGACAUUUGCAUUUCAAGAAUAUUGUUCACUGUGACCUGAAGCCAGAGAAUGUACUUCUUGCAUCUGAGGACCCAUUUCCACAGGUGAAAUUAUGUGAUUUUGGGUUUGCACGUAUUAUUGGGGAGAAGUCUUUUCGGCGUUCGGUUGUUGGAACCCCAGCUUACCUUGCACCUGAAGUUAUCCGAAGUCGAGGUUACAACCGCUCUUUAGACAUGUGGUCGGUUGGCGUUAUAAUCUAUGUCAGUCUGAGUGGCACAUUCCCCUUCAAUGAGGAAGAAGACAUCCAUGAUCAAAUACAGAACGCUGCAUUUAUGUACCCCUCUGAUCUCUGGGGAGAGACUUCACUGGAAGCCAUUGAUCUGAUAAACAACUUGCUUCAAGUAAAAAUCAGAAAAAGAUUUAGCGUGGAUAAAGCACUCAGCCACUCCUGGUUACAGGAUUUCCAGACCUGGUUGGAUCUACGAGAAUUUGAAACACGAAUCGGGCAACGCUAUAUCACACAUGAAAGUGAUGACAUUCGGUGGCAAGAUUUUGCUGAGAACCAUGGCUUGGAGUACCCCAAUCAUUUCAUCAUGGCACCAAACACAGAUGAUGUAGAUGAGGCCUACAGCUGAGAAGAUUUAAACGAUUAGCUGACUUACAAACUUUUCAAGAACGCAAGCUCAAAGCUGUGUUUUAUAAUUUAAUAUGUUUUUUCUACUUCACACAGAGCAGUAUCACAUUGUCAAAAGAGAAACAAGAGCAACCAGUGUAAGAAUCUGGAAGCUGAAGUACUGGAAUGUUGGUUUUCAGUCAUUAUAUCAAUAUUCCCUUCUAAGUCAGGAAGGGCAGUUUUCAGUCAUUAUAUCGAUAUUUCAUUCUAGAUCAGGAAGGGUGGCUUUCAGUCAUUAUAUCGAUAUUCCCUUCUAGGUCAGGAAGGGCCGUUUUCAGUCAUUAUAUUGAUACUCCAUUCUAGGUCAGGAAGGGUGACUUUCAGUCAUUAUAUCGAUAUUCCCUUCUAGGUCAGGAAGGGUGGUUUCAGUCAUUAUAUCGAUAUUCCCUUCUAGGUCAGGAAGGGUGACUUUCAGUCAUUAUAUCGAUAUUCCCUUCUAGGUCAGGAAGGGUGGUUUCAGUCAUUAUAUCGAUAUUCCCUUCUAGGUCAGGAAGGGUGGUUUCAGUCAUUAUAUCGAUAUUCCCUUCUAGGUCAGGAAGGGUGACUUUCAGUCAUUAUAUCGAUAUUCCCUUCUAGGUCAGGAAGGGUGACUUUCAGUCAUUAUAUCGAUAUUCCCUUCUAGGUCAGGAAGGGUGGUUUCAGUCAUUAUAUCGAUAUUCCCUUCUAGGUCAGGAAGGGUGACUUUCAGUCAUUAUAUCGAUAUUCCCUUCUAGGUCAGGAAGGGUGACUUUCAGUCAUUAUAUCGA